AUGAAGCUAGCUGUAUUCAGCGCCAAAUCCUACGAUCGCACCUACCUAGACCAGGUCCGCGAUGCACGAUUCCCCGACCUCUGCAAGAUCGACUAUCACGCAUUCUCCCUAUCCGAGGAAACAGUCCCACUGGCCCAAGGCUGCGACGCCAUCUGCGUCUUCGUAAACGACACCUUGGACGAGGCCGUGCUGCGUGCCUUGCAUGCCUACGGCGUCCGUGCCAUCCUCCUGCGCUGCGCGGGUUUCAACCAUGUCCACCUGCCCACUGCCGAAACACUAGGCCUCUUCGUGGCGAAUGUCCCGGCAUACUCCCCCGAAGCGGUCGCGGAGUUUGCCGUGGCCCUAAUCCAAACCCUCAACCGGAAGACACACCGUGCCUACAAUCGCGUGAGGGAGGGCAAUUUCAACAUCGAAGGUUUGUUGGGAAAUACGCUACACGGGAAGACGGUGGGGAUCGUUGGUGUGGGACGCAUCGGGUUGGCUGCCGCGCGUAUCUUUAACGGGUUCGGAUGCCGGUUGCUGGCGUAUGAUCCAUUUGCCGGAGAUGAAUUCCGGCAGUAUGGCACGCUGGUCGAGCUCGAUGAGCUUCUACGAGAGAGCCAUAUCGUGAGCCUCCAUUGCCCUCUUACGGAGGGAACUAAGCAUCUCAUCAAUGAGGACACGCUGGCCAAGAUCCGACCGGGGUCUUUGUUGGUGAAUACGUCGAGAGGCGGGCUCAUUGAUACCACGGCUGUGAUCCAAGCACUGAAGACGAAGCAACUGGGUGGGCUGGCCUUGGAUGUGUAUGAAGCUGAAGGCGAGCUGUUCUACAACGAUCAUUCUGGCGAGAUCAUUGAGGACGAUGUGCUGAUGCGUUUGAUGACCUUCCAUAAUGUGCUGAUCUGCGGUCACCAAGGCUUCUUCACUCGAGAGGCACUCGAUGAGAUAUCCGGUGUCACCCUGGGAAAUCUCUCUGAUUUUGCCUCGGGUCGCUCGUGCAAGAACUCCCUGGUGACCGAGGGCCAUGUCUUGGUCCGCCGGGACACAGAGCCAGUCAGGCUGUGA